AUGGUACUCUACGCUUUAACGACGGUCAUUUUCGGCCUCCUAUCAACAGCCUCCGCAGCCAAUAUCGGUAUCCAGAAACCCAUACAAGAAGAGGACCCGGCAUCCUCAUCCGCUCUCAAAAUAACAAUCAACUGGGACGUCCCGAUCAUAACCUCCAAAACAACCAACACCCUCCAAGUAGUAGUCAACCCACCCCUCCUCCGCAACAGCAGCAUCCACGACAAAGCCUACAAAUCCCUCUCCACCAUCUCCGCCGACUACGUCCGUUUCGUGCCCUGGUUUCCCUAUCCCUUGCUCUCCGUCCCUGAAAUCGAAGCCCCCGUCAUCCUCCCCCCAACAACAUGCAUCACCAGCUGGAACUUUACCUACGCCGACGAGCUCAUGGCCGACUUCUACGCCGCAACACCCAACGUCUCGCACAUGAUCAACUUCAGCACCACGCCCGGCUGGAUGUGGCUGAUCCCGGAGGACCAGACAUACGAUUACCCACGUGACAUCAACGAGAUUGAUUUCGGGUACAACAAAGGCACGGAACUGCGCGAUGCGUCGUUGCGAGAAGUCGCGGAUUAUUAUGAGAGGUUGGUGAGUUGGUAUGUCAAAGGUGGGUUCACGGAUGAGUGUGGUGUGUAUCAUUAUUCUGGCCAUAGCUAUACGAUCGAGUACUGGGAGGUGCUGAAUGAGAUUGAGGCCGAGCAUAGCAUGUCUGCUGCGUUUUACAGCCAGGUAUACGAUGUUAUUGUUGAGGCGGUGCAUAAAGUGUCUCCUGAGACGAAAUUCGUUGGUUUGGCGCUGGGAGAUAAUUCGAGGGAUAUGAGUUACUUCGAGACGUUUUUGGAUCCGGCGAACCAUAAGCCGGGGAUUCCGAUUGAUUUUGUCAGCUAUCAUUUUUAUGGCAUGCCGAGUGUUUCGACUUCUGAUGGGGAGGCGGCUCAGGCGUUUGCGCAGACGGAUCAGUUUAUUAUGGAUGUUCAGAGUAUUGAGGAGAUUCGCAAGCGGUUGUCACCGAAUACUCGGAGCACGCUGAAUGAGAUCGGGACGUUCGACCCGCAAGGCGCAACGAUCAUCUACCCGGGAUACGAAGUCCCGCCUGAGUAUUUCGUCUGGAGCGGUGGUAUCUUCGCGUAUAUUUUCGCGAAGGUCGUCACCAUGGGUAUUGAUGUCGUAGGCGAGAGCCAACUUGUCGGCUAUCCAGGACAAUUCCCCAGCGUCAGUCUCGUCGACUACUGGAGCGGAGAACUCAACGCCAGAGGACGAGUCUUGCAUCUCAUGCAGAAGAGUUUUGGGGCGGGUGAUACGGUUGUCGAGACGCUUUUCAAGGGCAAGGAUCUUGGUGCUAGUGUGCAUGCGCAAGCAUUUGUGACGAAGGAGGGGAAGAGGAAGGUGUUGCUGGUGAAUAAGUUGAAUGAGACGGCUCAAGUGAAUAUUAAGGAGUUUGGGAGCGGAUUGUCGGAGGUGGUGGAUUUGAGUACGGGGGGCAAGAUGUGGAGGACCACGACGGUGGAGGGGGGGAUCUACAGUUUGACGGGCUGGGCGACGGCUGUUUUGACUGAGGCAUAG